AUGGCGCCGACUUCAUUCCGGGGCUGCGAGGUCGCCGUCGUAGGCACCUUCCCCGGAUAUAAGCAUAGUGACCUGGAGAAGUUGAUCACCAACCUGGGUGCAGACUUCAUCAAAUCAAUCUCAAUUACGCGGGGCACACAUCUGAUUGCCACCGAGGAGGAGUUCAAGAAAAAAGGACACAAGUACAAACGAGCGGAAAUUCUUGGGCUUCGCGUCGUCUCGCUAGAUUGGCUUCUGAAUUCUAUCGACGCCAAUAGACCAUUGCCAUCGAAAAAAUUUCUCCUCACUUCCAGGACCGGCAACCAGGCUCCGGGCAUUGCUGGGGAAUGGUACACUCCCAAGAGCAGUCGCCAGAACAGUCCCAUUCCGCAAGAGGAUAGCCCGGACACGGCAAAUUCACCUAGCCGAAAGCGCGCCAAGGAUCAAGAAGAAAGCGAUGAAGCUGAAGGACUUACCAAAAAGCAGAAGGACCCACAGAAAGCCAAUUUCAAAACUGUGGUUGUACCGGUGGAUGGGGAAGGAGAAUGGAACAUGCCAUGCGCAACAUCAGCGAGCGAUGUCUCUGUAUUCAUCGAUGAAGAUCGCCUCAUCUGGGACGCCACGUUAAGUAGGACCGAAGUCGGUGCGAAUAACAACAAGUUCUACCGCCUACAAAUUCUCUUGCUGCAGGACCGUGGGAACAUUACCUACAACAUCUGGAAUCGCUGGGGUCGUGUUGGCGAGAAGGGUCAGUGCAAGAUGAUGGGAGACGGGACUUUGAAGACUGCCCUGGCAGCGUUUAACAAAAAGUUCAAGGAGAAGACGGGCCUGAAUUGGGUGGAUAGACAGGAUAGUCCCAAGGCUUCUAAGUAUACCUUCCUUCAACGGGAUUAUGAAGGGAAUGAGGAAGUCAAGGUGAAAGAAGAGCCUCGCGAGAAAAAGCCACCCGCCGAAAGUGCACUCUCGAAGCCCUUGCAGGACUUAAUGGCAUUCCUGUUCAACCAAGACCAUUUCAUCAACGCCAUGGCUGAAAUGAAAUAUGACGCAAAGAAACUUCCACUUGGAAACCUGAGCCAGAAAAACCUGGAUGACGGGUUUUCGGUGUUGAAGGACCUCUCCGAGCUAAUUCAAGAUCCAACCCUGUCGAAGACUAGAUACGGGGUUUCUUUCAAUAAAGCGACUGAGACUCUCACCAACCGCUUCUUGACGAUCAUCCCUCACGACUUCCAGCGUCAGCGGCCACCAAUUAUUGACACGGAACUUAAGAUCAAAGCCGAGGUAGACCUGCUGGAGGCAUUGACUGAGAUGGACGUGGCGAACAAGAUCUACACCGACUCUCUGGAUUCUGAUCAAGUGAACGCGCUUGACAGACAGUUUAAGGGACUCGGAAUGAAGGAAAUGACUCAACUGGAUCACAACUCAUAUGAGUUCCGGGAAUUAUCUAACUACCUGAAGACCUCGAGAGGGGACACCCACGGCAACAUCUACUACAGGGUACGACAGUGUGUAAUGAAUUUUGGCGCAGAAGCGCGCGUAUCAGCUUGGUACAUGAUUUACUCACAUAAAAAUAUGUUUCAGGUCAUCGACAUAUUCCGCAUCGAACGUGACGGAGAAGAAGAGCGGUUCAGCUCGUCCCAGUUCGCAAAAAUCCAGAACAGCAAUCGCCGUCUCCUGUGGCACGGCUCCCGCAGCACGAAUUUUGCCGGCAUCCUGAGCCAAGGCCUUCGCAUUGCUCCUCCAGAAGCCCCAGUGAACGGAUACAUGUUCGGCAAGGGAGUGUAUCUCGCCGAUACAUCGACCAAGUCGGCCAACUACACUUGCCAUCGGAUGAGCGGUGGAAUGGGACUGCUCUUGUUGUGCGACGCUGAGUUGGGCGAACCCAUGCUCGAGCUUGUCCACGCCGACUCAAACGCCGAGACGGCUGUAAGAAACGCAGGAAAGAUCGCCACUCUGGGCCGGGGCAUGAAAAUACCCGGGGGCUGGAAAGAUGCUGGCUGCAUCUCCGACACGUUGAAGGGUGUCAAGAUGCCGGACGCUGUCUGCGGCAUGGCGGAGGAUCACACUGGAGGACUCAUUUACAAUGAGUACAUUGUUUACGACGUGAAACAGAUUCGACAGAGAUAUCUGUUUUACGUCCAUAUGUAG